AUCUAUAAUGCAAUUUUAUUACAAAUUCCUUUUUAGGGUCUAUAAAUCAUGGAAGAGCCAGCGCACAUGAUGACAGGCCGUUCUUACUUGGACGACAUGAUAAAUAUGGAUGAUGAUUUGGAAUAUCUCGAAUCGGAAUUCAGUGAAAUUGCAGAGUUUUACAAAGGCCUGAACAUUCUAGUUACGGGAGGAUCAGGAUUUCUCGGCAGGCUUCUGAUCGAAAAAUUACUCAGGCAAGAAAGAAAGAUUUACAUGCUGAUUCGUGCGAAAAAAGGAAAGUCUCCGCAGCAACGAUUCAAAGAGCAUUUCAACGAUAUUAUAUACGAAAAAUUAAAGCAAGAACGACCGAAUUUUUUGAAACAGGUAGUCUUAGUUGAAGGAGAUACCAGCUUAAGCGAUCUUGGAUUGUCAACGAAAGAUCGAGAAAUACUUAUAGAUAAUAUUGAUAUUGUAUUUCAUAGUGCUGCCACAGUGCGUUUUGAUGAAUCCAUCCGUCAAGCAGUCAACAUCAAUAUUAGGGGUACCAAGUUACUCUUGCUAUUGGCCAAAGAAAUGAAAAAUCUUAAGGGAUUCAUUCAUAUAUCGACGGCUUUUUCCAAUUGCGUGUACGAUUAUAUUGAAGAAAAGUUCUACGAACCCCCGAUGAAUCCGGAUAACAUUCUAUCUCUGGUGGAGCUGUUAGACGACGAUGCUUUGGAUGUUUUGAAAAACAAAUUAAUGGGAAAAUGGCCGAAUACUUACGCUUUCUCAAAAGCUUUGGGAGAAGAGAUGGUGCGAAAGUACAGCACUGGUAUGCCAAGUUGCGUUGUCAGACCAUCCAUUAUGUUGGCAACUAAUAAGGAGCCCAUUCGUGGUUGGAUAAACAACUAUUAUGGACCAACGGGUGUCGCCAUAGGUGCCGGAAUGGGUUUGCUGCGGAGUUUGCACUGCAAUAGUGAGAAUAUCGCUGACAUUAUACCUGCCGAUUAUGUGAUCAACAAUGUUAUCGCUGCUGGUUGGGAUAUCGUUAAGAAAUGGUGAAUUUCAUUGAGUUAUAAAUUCGAAAGAUAAUGUUCUUCUUAUUUCACUUUUAAAUUUUGGGGAUUAAAUUUUAGGGAGGAACACCAAGCAAAAAG